AUGGCAAUGGAUAACACUACUAUACAAAAUAUUGAUUUGAACUCAAUAAUGAAACCACUCACUAAGAAAAGGGAAAGCUCCGUGGAUUUGACAUCUUUGGAUAGUAACAAAGUUAGCAAGACAUCAACGGGGAAAAGAAAGUUCCAUAACAAGUCAAAAACUGGCUGUGAUAACUGUAAGAGAAGAAGAGUGAAAUGUGAUGAAACAAAACCUAUGUGCGCUAAAUGUUGUAACAUGAAAUUGACAUGUGUUUACUCACCUCCUCAACCAAGGAAAAGGAAGAGUAAAGCUGCAAAAGCAGCUGAGGCAGCAGAAGCCGCGGCAAACAACACUAAUCUCAGUGACAUCGGUAAAACUGCUAAUAUCAAGCUUCCUCAAGGUCUCGGUGCAUCAUUGGCUGAUGUAUACACAAAAUUAUUAGCAUCUAAAACAGGCAGUCUGGAAAAUAUAAACGAUACUGGUAAGUUGGACCAGGUUAAUAAUGACAGCUUGAAAAAGUUACUCCUUCAGCAACAGCAACAACUACAGUUACAAGCGCAAUUGUUAGCACAAGCAGCAAAUGGGAGCAACAAUCCUAAUUCAAGUGCUUUCUCUCCAUUAAAUAUAAACACACCAGGUACAAGUAGUAUGGAAUCGCUCCUUUUGCCACCUUUAGUCGCAUCCAAUAACAAACAAUCACAACCAAAUGGAACUGCCUCAACUUUUGAUAAAUUCCCCAAUUUUGAAUUGAGUAACAGUCCGGGACCUCAGACAAAUGGAAUGUCUUUUGUAAAUAACUUGAAUGGCUUGCUUUCACCAAAUAAACCAGGUAACAAGUCUCAAACUAACUUACAGCAAUUACUACAAUCUCAACAACUGUGGCAAGAACCCCAAAGCCAAGCACAAAAUCAGACGCAAAAUCAACUCCCAUUUCAAUUUAAUGUGGGAACUUUGUCUCAAUUAAGUAAGUUGGGUCAAUUAGGACAAAAUUUAAAAGCUUACCUACCUCUUAUGAACUCGGCUCAAUCAAGUGGUUUCGAUUUAAACUUGGGCAAUAUUCCAAUUGAUUUUCAAGAAUUACUAGGUAUAAAAUAUAAUGGUGCAACAGCAGCAGGCAAUAAUUCCAACAUAAAUAGAAACGGUAGAAUAGCAAAGGCCAAUGAUGCGGAGGAGGUUUUGGCUAAUAUGCAACACCAACAGGAACAACAUCAACGAGAAAUCGUAAGAAAAAUGAAUAAUAAUACCAUAAGGCCUGACAAAAUAGCAAAAACUUCUGCAGCGGAAAGUAACCCAACAAUGUCCUCAUUAGCAUCAAUGACUCCAUUGAUGAAGUCGUCUUUGGAUACUACUUUAACGGAUAAAAACUCCUCAGAAGACUCUAUUAGAUCAAGCUCAAAGGGCAUCGAGAAGCCAGUCAGUCCUUCAACGAGUGCUUCCCAUACCUCUGCACAUAUACAAGAAAACAAUAUCGCUAGAUUGGAAACAUUAUCUAGUGAAAGUAAUCUAGAUUUAGUCGAUCUAAGAUUAUUACAUCAUUACUGCUCAGUAGUAUGGAAGACUAUCAUUAGUGCAGGAAUCUCAGGACCUGAUGUCUGGAAAACAUAUAUUCCGGAAUUAGCGUUCGAAUAUCCGUUUUUGAUGCAUACUAUCCUUGGUUUUAGCGCUUCUCACCUAUCGAGGACAGAAUCUAGCUUAGAAAAAUACGUUUCAGACCAUCGGCUCGAGGCCCUCAAAUUGCUACGUGAUGCUGUUCUUGAAAUAUCGGAUGAAAAUACUGAUGCUUUAGUUGCUUCUGCCCUAAUUUUAAUAAUGGACUCUUUAGCAAAUGCUUCAUCCUCAAGUGACUCAAAUGCUUCUGCAUGGAUUUUCCAUGUAAAAGGUGCAGUUACAAUACUUACCGCUUGUUGGCCACUACCAGAAACAUCAAGAUUUUCAAAUCUCAUUUCUGUCGAUCUAAGCCACUUUAGUGAAACUCUAACGCAAGACAGCCACAAAUACACUGAACUUGCAUGUUUUGAUGAAAGUAUAUCCGAUUUGUAUCCAGUAGAAAUAGAUUCACCCUAUUUGGUUACAUUGGCCUACUUAGACCAAUUACAUAGGGAGAAAAAUCAAUUAGAUUUCUUACUAAGGGUAUUUGCCUUCCCUGCACUAUUAGAUAGAACAUUUUUGGCAUUGUUGAUGACUGGCGAUUUAGGCGCAAUGAGAGUUAUGAGAAGUUACUAUAAAAUGCUAAGAGGAUUUACCACAGAAGUUAAAGACAAAGUAUGGUUCUUAGAAGGUGUCUCACAAGUACUACCUCAAGACGUUGAUGAAUACAGCGGCGGUGGAGGUAUGCAUAUGAUGUUAGAUUUCUUAGGUGGUGGUUUACCAUCUAUGACCACGACCAACCUUUCAGAAUUUAUGUAA